AUGGUCAAAGCUGUAGUAUUAGGUGCUGCUGGAGGUAUUGGACAACCUCUUUCACUUCUUCUUAAACUUAAUGAAGUUAUCACGGAACUUGCUCUUUAUGAUAUUGUAAAUAGUCCAGGAGUAGCCGCAGAUUUAAGUCAUAUCAAUACUCCAGCCAAAGUUACUGGUUACUUACCUCCAAAUGACGGUUUAAAGAAUGCCUUAACUGGAGCACACUUGAUUGUAAUUCCGGCAGGUGUCCCCCGAAAACCUGGCAUGACGAGAGACGAUCUUUUCAAGAUAAAUGCGGGAAUUGUACGUGACUUGGCCACUGGCAUUGCUCAACAUGCCCCUAAUGCUUAUGUUCUCGUAAUCUCAAAUCCUGUAAAUUCUACUGUACCAAUCGUCGUGGAAGUUCUAAAGAAACAUGGUGUAUUUGACCCCAAAAAAGUUUUUGGAGUCACAACUCUUGAUGUCGUUCGUGCAUCUACCUUCACUAGUUCAAUCAGUGGUUCAGCUCCGCAAGGAGUUCGCGUUCCAGUUGUAGGAGGACACAGUGGUGUAACUAUUAUUCCUCUAUUGUCACAAAUUUCACCACGUCAUGAGUUUACUCAUGAACAAAUUGAGGCACUUACAAAACGCAUUCAAUUUGGAGGUGAUGAAGUUGUUAAAGCAAAAGAUGGUGCAGGAUCGGCGACCCUUUCAAUGGCACAAGCUGGUGCUCGAUUUUCAUCUUCGAUUCUAAAUGCCACCGUUAAAGGAGAAGCAGGAAUUGUCGAACCCUCAUACGUUCACCUUGAUGCAGAUAAAGAGGGAGGCUCACAACUUAGAAAAACUCCUAGCGGUGUUGCAAAGAUUAACUCACUUGGCGAUAUUAACGAAUACGAAAAGAAACUUUUAGAAGCGGCUAUACCUGAGCUCAGAACAAAUAUCAACAAAGGUGUCUCGUUUAUCGCUGAUGGAUCCAAAUUGUAA